AUGGUCACACCGCACCUUUUUCAGCUUUUGGAGCGGCAGUCUCCUGCUCCUUCCCCUCAGUACAAGGAUGAAUCCAACGCAGGUGCCCUCCUCGCAAUACACGGCACCUUUGGAGGCGUUGCCAUCCUUACGGUUCUCCUUCGACUCUAUGUGAGAAUAUUCAUGCUCAAAAGCCUCGGGGUUGACGAUUAUAUUAUGGCUGCUGCUGCGAUUUGCGAAAUUGGCGUCAUUAUCUGUUUUGUGGGAGAGAGCAAUGCCGGAGAAUUAGGGAGACACCCAGCACUUGUCAGCCUGCCUGAUGCAACACUCUUUUCGCAUUGGCGAUUCUUCCAUUCCAUCAUCAUCAUGGUCGGCAUUAGUCUUGUCAAAAUCUCCAUUGCAUUCUUCCUGCGCAGAUUCGUGCCAAGCAAGUCCUACCAGCGUUUCCUGAUGGGAUGCAUUGUCUUUCUCGUUGCCUUUACGAUUUCUUGCGCUGGUACCCUCAUCUUCAACUGCGGCACGCGGGUCGAUGCGAAUUGGAAUUUCGCUCUCCGGACAACCGGUCAAGCCAAAUGUUUCAGCAAUAACACUUUCACAAACAUUGGUAUCUUCAACAGCAGCAUCAACAUCGCAACGGAUGUGCUGUUUGCGCUGCUUCCAAUCCCUGUGGUGUGGACACUGCAAGCAAAUCUGCGGACGAAGCUGACUUUGUGCUUCGUCCUGAGUUUGGGUCUUUUCGCUUGCGUCUCGAGUAUCAUCAAAACAGUCAAGCAGGCUCAUGCUCUCGCAGACCCUGACUGGACGUAUCACGAUGCCUUCUUCAUGUGGAACAACAUCGAGUUCAACAUCGGUAUCUUGGCUGCUUCUCUACCUUCGCUGCGUCCGCUAUUUGCCAAGGUUCUCGGUGUCACUCAAAAGUUUACAACGAGUAGCGGCCGAAAUCGGGCCAAUUACGGAUACGAUGCCGAUGGGCUUGCCUACGGCAAAAGCAAGACCGACAAGCGCUCUUCCCACAAGCCCGGGAGCCAAUACUAUCAAUUUGAUUCGCGCCAAUCGACAGAAUUGGGAGAAUUACGCAGAGGUGCCGGCCAAAAAGGGCCAGUAGUCACCAGCACGGUGACCGCAGGUGAUGAUGACAGCGACAAGAUCAUGUUGGACCAAGAUUUUCAUGCUGUCAGCACCGACAACCAAUGGCCGAAACCAGUUCCUGGGGCAAUCACAAAAACUACAACUGUCCAGAUCUCGAGAUUCUAG